AUGGCACAUGAAGUCGUCCCUGGCUUUUCUUCUGUUGAUAUUGCAGCAUCUGACCCAUCUACACCUUCAGUCCAUGCCUCAGUCUCUACCGAAGACAACAUCGAUACUACCGACCAAUUUCUAGACGUUGUCGUAACGAGCGUUGACACGAUAUCUCCUCGUGUCUCUCAAAGUAUUGCAUCAUCUCUUUCUGCCUCGGAUCUCCGUGUCUACACCGUUGAAUUCGUUGUUACCACAGGCGUUCAUUCCUACUGCAUCCAACGGUCUCUUAACACACUCUUUGACGUGUUAACUGCCAUUCAAACGGUGGCCCUAAAGCUCCAGCAAUCCAGUGAUGACUCUUUCACGUUGCCGGAAUUUCCUUCCAAAGGUAAUCGCAAUGACUCCGUGAUCGCCCAAUGGUGUGCUCAGAUGACAGAAUUCCUGGCUAUUCAUCGGUGUGGAAUGCUCGAGCUGCAUGAAGAUUGGCUUUAUUUUGUGGCCGAACGGGACGAAGAUAGAGGGGCUCGGAUGCACAUGACAGCUGUGGACUUUAUCCUGCAACCUUUUCCUUUGGAAAAGCUCUACGUGCCAAGAGGUUCACAACAUGAAGUGGUGAUACAAGUGAAGGUCCAGAACGAUGAGAAGACACCACAAUUUAUUGUGUGGAAGUUUGAUUUGGAAGAGUUUGAUGUCGACUUUAGUAUCUCAUUUGCUCCGGAGCCGUACGAACAACCAGUUGAAAUUGUACAUGCUCGGACGAGAUAUGUGUCGACGACUACAGGGCGGGCCGUUGAAGGGUUAUUUCGAUGUUUACGGCCAGGGAAAGCGACACUUGUAUGGGAUAACUCCUAUUCUAGACUACGAGGGAAAAACAUCUUGUACCAGGUGCAAGUAGUAUCGAGCAAGAUAAUGGACUCUGCUACAGCUGCAGCGGAUGCCUUGGAUGAAGCUGUUCAGGCGGGAAAGGCACGUGACCGAGAACGGGAUGCAGCUUUGUCCACAGCGCUUAUUGUUAGCUCUGCAUCACUACCUGGUGCAAAUAAGUCGUCCGGAUACGCAGCAUAUAUCCCCGAGGCUCUCGCUCAGCAGAGCUGGUUGCUGAGCGCACCCAUAAAUGUGGCUGGACACUUGGCAUCCAAGCUGUUUGGAUCCCAGGAGGUAGUGCCGUUGACAAGGAGCCAACACAACGGAGGGUCAGACAGCGAUGCCCGCAGUUUGCUGCAAGAGCUGAAUGGACUCAACAUGCAGCUGAUGGAGCGAAUGGAAAGUCAUGAAGAUAACGUUGCCAAGCUGACCGCAGAACGCGAUCAAGAACGAUCGAAGACACAAAUGGCGAUUGUGGAGAAGGAAAAUCUCACAAACAUGGUGAACGCAAAAGAGCAAGAAUUAGCUGCUAUUGCCGGUGAGCUUCGGAGGAUACAGAGAGAACGCGAGGCAUGGCGCGAGAUUCAAGCAGAACGAGAUGCUUUGCUUGAAGAAAAACAUCGCUGGGCAAUGACGGACGACUUUGAUGGUGGUGAUGAAGAAGCUUCCAACCUGCCUAGCGACAUGGACUUGACGACUCGUAAUCGUCUUGAGAAGGAACUUGGCCAAGCUGAAGCCGCAGUAUUGCGGUGCCGCGCGGAGUUGCGUUACCCCUUGAACAAUCACCUGACGGGAACUUCCACUCGAUUGGAAAAGAUUGCUAGAGAAAUGACGGCGACCAAGCAACAAUACGAGGAGCAAAUGCAAACGUGGGAACAGGAACAUUUGCAGCUGACGCAGCAACUAGUGAAAGCUCGUGGCCAGAGACGUGUGCUAAUAACGGAGAUACGUAACAUGCGCAGUCAGACUGAAGGCCAGAUUGCUGUGGCCAUGGCUGAAGCAAGCGAGGCGCGAAUGGUGAACAAGCGCUUGAAGAAGCAGAAUGAGCUACUACUGACCCAGAUACGAGCACUGAUUGAUGAAGCGGAAAUCAACAAAAAGAAGCUCCAGGAUGUUCGAGAUGAAGCGAAGCAGCAGCAACGACAACAAUUACUCCUUGAAGAUCAGCCAAGGGUGACUGGAGCCACUGAUACGGAAUCUGAAGUCGCAAUGGUAGACCUUUCAGUGAGGAGUAAGCAGCCUUCACUCGAACCGCAACUGCAGGCUCAAAAUCUGGAUGGCCUUGCAAGCCAAAGUGUAGAAAGCCAAGAAAAGACGACGGAAGAAAAGGAUGAGUCGCCUGUUCCAUACACAUUGAGCGAGGACGACAUCGCCAUCUUAAGUGGCCGUCCACCACCUUAUACAUCUUCAAAACCAGCUUAUAUUUCCCGUCAAAAGCAUCAGGAGGAGGCACAGACAUUGUUGUUCGAGUCAACCGUCGACCAUGAGAAUCCGUAUCGUGCACGACUGAUAACCUUCUUCAAAGAGUGUGACCCGGAAAAGCUGACGGAAGUGGAUGAGAUGCUAACAACCUACAAAGGUGUCGAAGAAUCUCUCUUUGAAAGUUUAGAGCUCAAGUAUAGCUUUAUGGAUCUCAAUCGACGUAUAGCUCAGAUAAUGUAA